AUGGCUGAGAUGGCCAAGGGCGCGGUGGACUCGUUGCUGGGCACCAUAGGCGCGGCGAUCGGCGAGAGGGCAGCGCUGAUGGGAAGCGUCCGGCGCGACAUGCGGUUCAUCAAGGGCGAGAUGGAGAGCAUGAACGGCUUCCUGCUGGACGUGGACGACCCCGCGGAGCAGAGCAACCAGGUGCAGGCGUGGAUGAGGCAGGUCCGGGACGUGGCCUACGACUCCCAGAGCUGCAUCGACCGCUACGUGCAGACCGUCGGCGCCGGCCACUCCUCGGCGGGCCUCCUGGGCUCCAUCGGCCGGGCGCCGCAGCUGGCCACGGCGGCAAGGGAGGUGCUAGGCGACGGAGAUCCCGAGAACAUAGAGGACGCCGCCGCCAUCCUGAGCAAGCAAGGGACAGAGAUCACGGACAAGGAGAUAAGCGCAGUGAUCGCCGCCGUCAAGGAGCUACUGGGAUUUCGCCGAGACCCAGCAAAGUCGUCACCAGCACCAGGUGUCGGCGGCCCUGACGAGCACAAGCCUGGGACAAGCGAGAAAAAACAAGCGUUCACUGACGCGCUAGAGAGUCUCAAGGUGGCAAAUACCCCGACGGACGUGGCCCUGGCGGAGAAGCUGUACUCAGACCAGCUGAAAGAGUGGCUGAGAAAAUUAUUCGACAAUGAACUUAUUGAAGAACUGGUGCUGGGUGGCUGGUUGCACAGUGCUGUCAAGCAAGCACAGGAGAAUAAGUAUAUUGAAAUGGCCAUAGAGCGGGCACCUGACGCCCUUCACUCUAUCGUACAAGCGGUGAAGAAAGUCGUGGGCGAGGGCGAUGGCUCGGCACAGGAGGCGCCGGAAAAGCCUGGUGACACCGACCAUGUCCAAGACAAAUCACCGAGCAAUGACUCGGUGUCGGUGCAACAAAAAUCCGUCCCCACUAGUAAGACUGUUCAUGAUAGGUCAGUAAUGGAAGAAAUUAAGAUGGCAGCACAAGACGUCGGGAAGGCAGCAAUAGAGGCUAUCGGUGACGGGAAGACAGCAAUAGAGUCAGCAAUAAAGACUGCGGCAUCAACAUCCGACAACUCCAUUAUUAAACCCCUCGCUCACUCUAUUGAAAACAUUGAAUCCCGGGUUGCCUGGUUCCAAGAACUGGUUGACCACGGCGGCGGGCGAGGUGAUGGAGGGCGGCCUAGGCUCCUCGCCAUUGUAACACCAGCAGCUGAUGCCCACUACCCAGAAGAAGGCGGUGACCGCCCGGCGACCAAGCUUGCUAGGAGUGUGUACGAGAUGUGCAAGGGUGACCAUCAUUUCGACCGCGUGGCUUGGAUCGACGCCAAGUGCAAUGCAAACAAAACGCAGAGGCUCCGGUGCUUAUUACAACAGUUGCAGCUGCAAUCCUUGUUGGUCGGUGAAGAUGUGAGCACAUUGAGUGGUCAGCAACUGGCGACAGAGAUCCGGAACCAACUGCAAGGUAAAAAGUUUUUGAUUGUCAUGGCUGAUCCUCCUGGGGAUGAGGAUGAGGCACCAUGGGCAGACAUAGCAUCUGCCCUACCACCAUGGGAUUCUCAUUCUCAUUGCAGUGGCAGCACAAUCAUAGUCACUCCAAUGGUACAACAACCAGUUCAAUUCCACGGGUGGUACCUAGCCAGUUGGCUCUUUUUGCUCAAGGCCUCUCGCUACAAGGUGCACUUCUAUUCACACCUUGAAGCUACCAGCAAGAAAGCCAAUGAGUUGUUGGUGGGCGGCCACGACAGUCGAGAGCUACAGAGCAUUGUCAAGAGAAUACUGCAAAAGUGUCGCCGAGACAAGUUCUCCACCACCAUGUUCCUCCAUGCUCUGUAUGCUAAUCCUCGCAGAAGCGAGAUUGAGUUCUUGGCACUGCUGAAUCAACUACAAGAUGUCGGCAGUACGGCGAGGAUGGCUCAGGAAAUCGUAAGGUUCUGCCACAGCGAUCUGUCCAUCCACUGCAAGACCUACUUGCACGACCUAGCCAUGUUCCAGAAGAACUCUAGUUGCAAGAUUAGGAGGGGUAGCUCAAUAAGGCGAUGGUCUGCUCAAAACCUCAUCAGCAACAGAAGGCAAGCAUUGGAUGAAGCCGAGCAUGGUCUCAAUGCGCUGGUUAAUCGAGGCCUUGUUCGUCUCAAAGAUCCUAGUCCUGCAGGCAAAGCGAAGAAUUGCGAGCUACCUCCUCAAGUUUUGACCUUUGUUGAAACGAAUACAUCCUCUGAGGACAAUAUUGGCAACAAAGAUCUGCUACCCGAGUUGGUUCCCCGCCUUUCCAUUCGCAAUAAAUUGCAACUACAGCAACUCUCCGAUGGGCAACAGGCCACACAUUUGAGCUUGUGCCGAAGAAUGCUCAAGUGUACCACUCCAGCAGACGCAGAAGAUUCUAAAGAUCCCUCAUCGGUAAUAUCAUUUCUUAACUCGUUGUCUGCAUAUUCUCAACUAGGAUUGAUCAUGGUUCUAGACCUGGAAGGCUGUCCUGGACUGAACAUGGACAACCUCAAGAACAUUUGCAACAAGAAGUUUCAGCUCAAGUAUCUGAGUCUAAGGAAGACGGAAGUUCACGAGCUACCCAAGGAGAUCAGCAAGCUCCAGGGGUUGGAGACACUUGACAUCAGGGAAACCUAUAUAAAGUCAUUCCCAGAAGAUGUGGUUCUCCAGAAGCUAAUGCAUCUGCUUGCUGGUCAUAUAAGGUCUGACGAAUCACUUUGCACUAUUCAUAUUCCUCCUGCAAUUGGGAGCAUGACAAACAUACAAGUACUGUCCCAUGUUGAAGCUUCUCAUUUUGCUGAUGUGAAUGAAUUUCAAGAUGUUGGCCUGCUGACGCAGUUGAGGAAAUUUGGAGUAGUCAUCCCUUGCAACAACCCUGAAGCUAUGGACAGUUUGCUUAAAGAAAUUGGGAAGCUAGAUGAAUGCCUAACCUCUCUGUCGGUUCAUAUUAAACAAGAAGAGGGCGCACAUGUCCCUGCACCUGCAGUUGACAUGAACAAAACGGUAAUCUCACAUCCUAGGUCUCUUGAAAGCCUUAACAUCACUGGCAAGAUAUCAGGGCUGCCUACUUGGAUCAAAAAGCUCCAUCGACUCACCAAGAUAACUCUGUGGCGUACAUUCUUGUUUGCUAGUCAGAUAGGCAUCCUGGGUAAGCUUAUGAACUUGCGCAUUGUUGUGCUCAGGCCCGACUCGUGUGUUGACCGCUAUCUUACUUUCAAGGGGAAAGAAUUCACACAGCUUGAGCUUCUUGUCAUCGAGGUUGAGGGGUUACAAAUCAUCAAGAUCAGUUUUGAUCCACCUGUAGCUCCCAAGCUUGAGAAGAUUGUUUGGACUUCUACUUCCACCACCAGCAAGGAAGAUACUUCAUCUGAUAAACCAAACAUGGCAGAUAUGUCUGGGAUUGACAAACUCCCAAGCCUGAGACACAUAGAGUUGAGCAGCUUCGACAUGGAUAGAUGCAGCUUCAACAUUAGAAGCAUCAACCAACAAAUGUGCAAAAAUCCAAACAAUCCUAAACUUAAACCGGAGGAGCUAAUCCCUAAAGAUGUUGUUGUUGUUGCUGCUGCCGCCGCCGCUGCAAGCCUCAUUCCUGAUCCGCGGUAAAGAUUAUUUCUGCUUGUGUGGUUUCAUGUAUUCCCGUGUGCUUGUCGGCACCCUCAUGUCGUUAGUUAUUUAUUCUGCAAUUGUGUAUGUGUGUGUGUAUGUGUGUAUGCGCAUGGGUGUACGAUUAAUUA